UUCGAUGUGUGCUGAUAUGAAUAUAAAGAAGAGAAUAAUGAAUAAUUUGUGGGUGAGGUGUUUGUGUAACAGAACUGUAGUCAGUGGAUGGGGCAGUUCCAUUGUGGCAUGAUGUCUGAGAAUAGUCUUUCAGAAUCCUUAUUCUCACGUGUGUCACAGGACAUUGUCUUAUGAUAGAUCUGUGAGGAAAUUUAAUGUGGACGUUAUGUGGAGCGGUGGAAGGAAGGGAGCUGCUGUACUGCAGUUCCUGCUGGUAGUCAGCAACUGGCUGACCCUUGUCCAGGCUGUCAUCGAGUCUGUCCAAGUCACUCCCAGUAACACUUCUGGCUUCUUGAUAGGAGAACUGUCUUUUCUACAGUUCCUGGUGGCUUGCGCUUUAUUUCUCCAGUUAGUAGCAAUCUACGCUAAUGGUGGCCUGCCCAUCGAAAUCGAUCUGGACUUCGCCAACAGAGGGGGAAACCCUAACACCGCCAGAGAUCGCAGAGCCGACACCAGAUGUGCCUUUUUUCCAACUCUAUAUGACAGUUUCAUAGUGGGAACAAAAGCUAUCAAGCCAGAAGGAUUUCUUACAUCAAGUGGAGCAUCGAUAGUUUUCGUGGACUGUCCACUACAGUUCGUGUGUGAGAUGGAAACCUGGGCCAACCGAGACCACGACCGCUUCCUGGACAGACUUAUUGCAUCCUGGUUUAGGAGCCCCAACAUCACUUGGAAACCGGCCCGAGGCUGCUACGUUCGCCGGCAUGGGUAUCUGCAUGGAAUGUACCCGUGUCCUUUCGAUGUGCAGGAAGUGGUGGGCUUCAGGAUCCCCGGUUCCAACUCUCUCACUAGUGCGCCCUCUAGUUGGACUGGAAUUAGUUCAGACAGGAACCUUGGCUCUAGCCUGCCAUCAGUGCUUGGAAGGAAUAUUACUGCUUCGGGUGACCUGGCCAUCGUGGAAAUAACAGUCUUCGAGCGCUGUGACAACGGACACUUCGUAGACAAUGGCGGGGAAUAA